AUGGAGCCCUCACUGGAGUCCUCCUCUCCUCUCCUGCUACAGAGUUUAUGGGACAGGAUAAGAGCACAAGAAGACUUUCUCUGCUCUCCUUUGUUCCCCGUCCUGUUCUCCCUGACACUCUAUCUGAGCUGCUGCCUGCCUUACCUGUGCCUGGACACCCUGUCCUCCAGAGUAGACCUGGUGCACCACUACAAGAUCCAGCCACAGAGCAGGGUGACCUGGGUAAUGGCAUGGAGCUGCCUGGCUACCUCCCUGCACACCCACUCUGUGUUCAUCUUCCCCCUCAGCAUUCUGCACUGGUACUGGAGACCAGUGGUCCUCCCUGCCCAAGCCCCUGGGGCUCUUCAUGUGGCCUGGUACGUGCUAGUCUGUCUCCUCCUCUUUGACCUGCAGUACUUUGUGUGGCACGUGUUGCACCACAAGGUGCCCUGGCUCUACCGGACUUUCCAUAAGGUGCACCACCGCUACACAGCCACCUUCGCCCUGACCACGGAGCACUCUGGGGUCUGGGAGACCCUGAGUCUGGGCUUGUUUGCGGCGGUGAACCCUGACCUGUUGGGCUGCCACCCGCUCACCAAGAUGCUCUUCUUCACCUUGAACACUCCGACUAAAAACGACUGUCUGAAUGGUACCACUGAGCUCAAGAAGUGGACAGAGUGCAUGUCUGAGGAUCCAACAGUGAAAGCCACCAUGUACCCCAAUGAGACCUACAAGGCCUUUAACAAGGGCUACUUCGAAUGGAAAUCCAGUUUCUACUGUUGCCUGUAG